AACCAUUCUGAGUAAUAAACUAAACUACUGAAGAGUCUAGACAUACAGAAACCCAUUUGGCAAUUCUUUGGCAAGAGACAAGAGAAGAGAGAAAGAAGAGAUGAUACUGGUGGCGAUAAUGGCGGAGCUGAUGGAGGAGUACACGGCGUUGCUGACAAGUGUUUUGGAGCAUUUGUUUAACGAGGCACCUUUUCCAAGAAGGGUUCGUUUUCUCAUACUCCAUAACCUUCCUUUUGCUUCCUCUGCUCAUCCUCCUCUACUUAGACCUCCUAACUAGACUUCACUGAAUACUAUAAAUAUAUUGUUAACAGGGAGUUUUCUCCCCUCCCACCAACCUCUUUACUGAAGCUUAAAUUCUUGAGGGAUUUGUUUUGCUCUGUAAAUUGUUGGAGAGUUUAUCAGAGAUUUUUCAUAUAUUAUGUUCCUCUCCCACUGCUCAUCCUCGUUGUUUUGCUCUGUAAAUUGUUCGAGCACUCCACAGUUUCAGAUUAGCUGGGUUUGAUUUUGUAAUCUUUUUCUUAAUCCAUUGUGUUAUCUUUAUAGAUUAAUUAAUUAGAUUAUCUUUUAAAUUGAUUGAGUGAAA